AUGUGCACACCUGUCAUUGAUGAUGGGGAUUUCUGCAUAGACAGACUGCCGUGCACAUGUCCUCGCCAUCAGUAUCGCUCGGGGCACCACUCCGAUAAACAAUCGAGUCAUGCCCAACUAGAUGGUCAACUUGAUAGCCCAUUCUGGCAUCUAAGACAGGUCACGCCGCCCACGGAUAAGGCUCACGAUUUUGAUCACACUUUUUUGGAACCGCUGGAUAUUUUUGAUAUACACUUCAGCAAGGAAUCGGAGCCAUUUGCGACCGCGGCGCUACUUCCCAGCAGCAACGAUGACUGUCUUUCAACAAUACCCCCUGCAAACAAUAGUCUAUUUGGAGAGCCACCAUUCGAGGCUCUUGAUGCUCAUUUGAAUGUUAAUCUUAAUUUCACUGCAGAUCUGCAUUCUCUCCUUGCAAGUCCGUGCCUCGGAUCUAGUACUGAAUCUGGUGCAGAAUCUGGUCCCAAUACGAACUCUGGUUCAUGCAUGCACUAUGCCCUUGGUUCUGAUAAUUCUGAUAAGCCAAUGCUGGAUUACUCCACGCUUCCGGAUAGCCACUCUUCGUCUCUCUCUACUCUGCCUCUUGGCUCUGAGAGCUCACUAAUAACCCCUGUUCUAACACCAUCACCACCACCUACAACGAUGACAUCUUUCUGUGUCGCUGAAUGCCGCCCUCCUUGCAUUAUUACUGCGACCAAAAAUCUCCGCUUACUCCAUGUUCGCGAAAACAGUUGCAUUUCUCUUCGAAAUUGUAGCAGCAGCUGCGGAAGCCAGGAUACCAGCGGCCCUGAACCAUCACGCAAGUCGGGGUCUGUCCUCAAGGACAACAAAGAGGUCGGCAUGUCAGUUUGCCGCAUGCUACAAUGCGGAUGCGCUCUUCGUCCUCAGAAUCAGGUUCUAUUAGCACUUAUCUGCUCUCGACUCGCGCUAUGGUAUCGAGCGAUGGUCCGCGCGUGCUUUUCCCGACGUCCUAGCAGCCCCCCUGGCGGUGAAGAUUACUUCGAUGAGCACAAAUCUUCGCCAGAAAAAGUGAUAUAUCAGGCUAUCACUAUUGGAAAUUAUACUGUCAACAAUAUUUCCUUGGAUUGGGAUAUCCAGGCCCAGGUGAUACUCGAGGAGCUCGGACACCUGCAGCGUCUGGUCAAUACGCUUUCAGCUCGUAUCAAGCAGACUGGUACGUCACAAUCAAUGGAGCCAGAUGCCAGUGUCAAUGACUCCUCUACUAGAUUGCCAGCAAUCGCGCAUGAACGACUAGUUGCACAUCUGUUGAAGGAGGUCGAAGCGGCUCAGGUUGAUGUAACUACGGCUUUGCGUGAACACCAGAAUCUUCGAAGAUAA